AAUAAUAAAAACAAGAAUAAAUGUAAAGAUUUAAAAAUAAAUGUCAGGGAAUACCUACCGCGAAGCGAUAGAACAGGGUUGGGCAGCGAUGUUUCCUAUUUUCAAAGUAAUGGUACGUUUACACUUGCAAAGUAGUUUCCUAAUUUCAACAUUUUUGUGAUUAUGAACAAUUAAGUACAAAUUAUUCUUCUAUAAAAUUCUUAAAAUAGUAUAGAAUUGAUGUUUUCUUUUAUAAAAUUCAUAAAUAUUUACAAAAAAAUGUAAAAAACGAUUAAACCCAUUGCUACCCAACUCUGUUAUAUAUACAUUCAGAAUUUCAUCUUUCCAACCCUGGUAUAGUUGUUUUGACAGUUUUGGCAACAUUUCACGCUCCGCUGAUCAUUAUUGAACUUUCUUCUCGUGUGCAAAUUAAUUAAAAAUUAUUUCACAAUAUUUGAAUGUUAUUAAUUAGCGUGAAUUAGAACUAAACAGUUUUGGUUGUAAAACGAUUGAAUGGAAUUGAUGUUUUCAUGACGAUCGUAACUAUAAUUGACUUUUUUAGGUUAUGUCAUUUCAAAUAGUAUUUUGCUUUUUUGUAGUUGACAAGGAAAUAAUUUACAAUUUGUUUAUAUAAUUAUGCAAAGAUGCAAAAGAAUAAUUUUUUAAAAGUGAUUUUGAAAGUGUUCGAUAUUAUUUAAAUCGUGUUUUUUCCGCAACAUUUGGAAAUACAGAUCGGAGCGCUGAUCAUCGUAUUAGGCCUACAUCGUAUUGAAGCGUGCAAUUCCAAAUAUGAAAAAUGAGACAGUGUGUACGUGACAUAAGCAAAUUUAAGGAGUAUUCACAUAUCAACGCAGAAAACGUAAAGAAUUUUGCACACAAGAAGUGGAAGGGCAUCCCGGUUUUUACGAAUGCGUUGGUUAUUUGAGUACAAUGAUUCCUGCUCGAAAUCGAAUUUCGACGGGUAAAGGAACCUGUGUGGAUGAGUUCAUAACAAUGGAGGGCAAUACUUACUAUUAUUGUGCAGUUUCACUUCCAAUACUAGACGGAUUGUACAAUUACUUACAAAACUAGAUUUUUUCUAAGAAAUCAUAAAUUAUACGCCGAUGAAAAAAAAAAUUAUUUUUUUAAAAAUGAUUUUUCUGAAAAUGAUAAUUUUGAAAGCGAUUUUUUGAAAAUGAUUUCUUUUUUCAAUUUAUUUAUUGUUGCUUAAAAUGAAUUUUGAAUAAAAUAUUUAUUAUAUAAAUGCGUUCAUUUGAAUUUCGCGCCUUUUUCAAAGCGUUGGCAAUUUCUCUCUUCACGCCGCUAUUUUGCAGAGUUUAGCAAAAAAAAAUUAUUCACCCUCAUUUUAACAAUUUUUUUUAGAUUUACUUAAUAUUUAGUACUGGCUUUUUUGCUUUUGGUUAUUAAUUAGCUUUUGGUGAAUCCCCGAAGUACAGAAAGUUUAAGGGUUCGUUCACACCGGAUAUAUGCAAUACACGUUGAAUUUUAUUGCACUAACUCAACCCUGAUUGUCAAGGUUUGGAUAUAAUAACCUAACCUUACAAAAAAAUGUAAAAAAAUACUUGUUAUUGUGAUGUUCUAUUUUUUAAUUUAUAUAUGUAUAUAUAAUAUAUAUAAAUAUAUAAGAAAAAUAAUUUGUAAACAAUGUCCUAUUUAUUUGUCCGUCCAAAUGGAACGCCGUUGCAAUUUCAUUUGACUGAUUUAUCAGAUAAUUUGCUAAUUCGGUAUAUAUUUCUAAUUGAGAGCAAUGGUGGAGAAGUUACACUAAAACCUGAUGAACUUAUUCUCACCUUCACUCUGUCGAAGUUUUGCUACAAAUAUCCAAUUGUUUAUAAUAUCGAAUUCAUCGACGAUUGUUUAACAAGAAAUAAACUUUUAGAUAUUAACGAAUAUUACAUUGGUGACACACGACAUUUCAAUGUUUGCAGAAUGCCAGAAGGAGUGAAGGAAAUAAAAACUUUUAAAUGCCCUGAAAGCAAAAAAGAACAUGUUAUGGAAGGAGAGCAAAUAAAAAAUUUGGACAAGAUUUCUACUGUCGCCAAAAAAUCUAAUAAAAUGAAACAAACUGUUUUUUAUAAAAAACGGAAAAGCCAAAAAGAAGAAACACGCACUGAACGUAAUUUGUGA